GAUUGCAAAUAUAAAAUUCACAUGAUGUUUAAUAUAUAAAAUAUUUACAAUUUUUUUAAACUUCAAGCUACUGAAAUGAGCAUUUGUAAAUAUACAAGUUUAAUAUUAAUCAAACAUUGGAUUUAAAAUAAAUGUGAAAAUAUGUCUGAUGAAGAGAGGAGCUUGAUUCAGCAGACAGAUGUACAUACAAAGAAAGACAACUCCAUUAAAUUGAAAUAUGUGAUGAUAAUUCCUGCUGUAUUGUUUCUAUUAGUUGGAGGUGGAAUUCAAACUUAUGUGAUUAAUGAAUGGACACAAUACAGAAUUCGUACAGAAAAUUUUCCAAACAUGUCUUCUGUACACAAUUUUUCAGCAUGUAGUCAUAGCAACCAUUCUGAUGAGACCUAUAAACACUACAAGAUUGUGCAACAGAAGUCUGCACUCUGGCUAGCUAUUUAUACGACUGCUCACCACAUUCCCAUGAUAUUUGCUAACAUUAUACUACCCACUCUAACAGACACACGAGGUCGCAGAUUUCUGUUUGUAAUAACAUCUCUGGGUAUGUUAUUUCGUUACUGCAUGAUAACUAUUGUGAUAUAUUUCAAACUGUCAUUUAUGUUUGUUGCUGCAGCCUAUGCUUUAGAUGGCCUAACAGGUUCAAGUUACGCUCUAUAUAGUUCAGUAUUUUCAUAUGUUGCUGAUAUAACUACAGGGGACAACCAGCGGGUACAAGGUAUCGUCUUGAUGGAAAUUGUGAUUGUUAUCUCUACAGUUUUAUCAAGCCUUUUUUCUGGUUAUUUCAUAGACACAUGGAAUUUUGGAUUCUUCAACACUGGACUUAUCUCAAUCUUUAUUGCAUAUGUUGGAUUUUUUAUUUUUGCUUUUCUUGUACCAGAAAGUUUAAAUGAAACAUAUCAGAAGAAAUCAAAAUCAAAAUCUAUUCUAGCAACAGUGAAAAGAUCAACACAGUUUUAUUACAGUGCAGAAUUCAAAGGAAAGAGGACUUGCUAUAUAUUAUUAUUGCUGUGUUUCAUAUUUGCUGAGUUAAGUGAGACAAAUAGGUCAACUCUAGAAACACUUUACUUCCUGGGACAACCAUUUUGUUGGGGGCCAUCUCAAAUUGGUGUAUUCUCUAUGGUAAGGCAUGCAUCUAAGGGAAUUAUAGGAUUAUCUGUUCUACAUGUAUUUCAAAGAUUUAUGUCAAAUCAAGUUAUUGCAGCAAUCAGUACACUAUCUACUGCAGGAUCGUAUAUGAUAGAGGCAUUUGCUACAUCUACAGUGAUGAUAUAUAUGGUACCCGUGGUGGGAGUGUUAGCUGUUCUCUUGAUUCCAAUGAUCAGGGGAAUAAUGUCCGCCAUGACAGACAAUGAUAAACAAGGUGCUCUAUUCUCUAGUUUGUCUUCAAUACAGGUUAUAUGUAAUUUAAUAUCUUCAUAUACAGCAAACGGUAUCUAUGCUGCAACGUUCUCCUUCAUGAAUGGAUUUGUUUUCCUUGUGUUAGCAUCUUUUUGUAUGAUAGAUUUUACAUUAUUACUAGUAUAUUGUUGUGUCAAACCUUAUGAUGCAAUACAACCAAAUGCUAGAACUCACUAUACACAACAUAGUACUAAUGUGUAACACUUUUUGACACAUCUCUUUGCUUAUUUUGAGGCAGCAACAAAAUAGCAUAAAAUAUUUCUGCAUAAUGUACCAUAUGUCUCAUUUCAAUUUUGUAUGUUUUAUUGUAU